UGUUGUUCAGAAUAUGUGUCUGCUAACCCAGUCUGAUUUGAAGCGUAUUUUUGAGAAAGUCGACGUCAAUGGCGAUGGGUUGCUGAGCCUUGAGGAGCUGAAUCGGAUGCUUGAAAUCACUGGUACUUGUCAGUACAGCAUGCAAGAGUUGGAAUCGCUGGUGGAAACGAAGAGCCUUGGUUUCAGCGAGUUCUUGUUCUUUUACAACUCCAUUUCGGAGCAGCAGAAUGGAGAAAGCAGAGGAAGUGGUGAGGCAGAGGAAUUGGAGAGCGACCUGGUCAAAACCUUCAAGGUCUUUGACUUGGAUGGCGAUGGCUUCAUCACCAGCCACGAGCUUGAGUCUGUCUUGAAAAGGCUUGGCAUGUGGGAUGACACCAACUGCAAUGAUUCUACAACCAUGAUUCGAUUCUAUGACACCAACUUCGAUGGUCGUCUUGAUUUUCAGGAAUUCAAGAAUAUGAUGUUGGUUUCCAGAGCCUGAUCCUCCUCCUCUGUUUCUGUAAAUAUGUGUUUUAUCAUCAUCAACGUUAUUCAUAAGUCUUCUCUCUGUGCAACUCUGUUGCUGUUUAUAUUACUUUCUCCUUUUUCUUUUCUUUUUUAUGU